AGGUUCGAUUAUUUUGGAAAAUGUUCUGUCAGAUAUUGCAGAAUAGUGCCUGUGGAAGAACUUGUGUAUGAAAAUCUUAAAUCAUUUACAAACAACAAAGACAAGGACGAUGCAUUGUUUGACAUGAUCGAUAAUAAUAAGAUUAAUAAUUAUUUAAAGUCUCAAAUGCCAAAUUUGACUGCAAAAUUUGUCCGCACAUACCGCGCGUGUACUACGUUUGAAAAUUAUUUGAACACCAAGAUUAACAGAACAGACACACUUGCGGAUAAGGUGAAAGCUUUGAAGCAGGCUACUUUGGAAGUCGCAAAACUAUGCAACCACAAGAAUAAAGAUCGAUUUGAAAUCCAAUCGUCGAAGAUGAAUUAUAUUGACCCUCGCAUCGCAAUCGCUUGGUGCAAACGGAACGAAGUGCCUUUAACAAAAUUCUACAGUAAAACACAACAAACUUAUUUUAAAUGGGCCAUCGACGAGAUUAACAGGGUCGGGGCAUAUUUUGUGUUUGCAAAAUAUAACAUUUAACAAACCGUUUGUUAUUUUCAAACAUAUUAUACAUAUUAUUAUGUAAUUUAUUUUUUAUUUAUAAUAAAUCUCUGGAUUUUA